AUGUUCAGUGGCGGGAAAACCUCUUUACUGGUUGGAAUGAUCCAACUGUUCUCGUUUGUGAAAUGUCUGGAAGAAGAUUUUGAAGCAGUCAUGAGGGGGGUCUCGAUAGAGUACGGUUCUCAACGAAAAGGAGAGAUUGAUGUAGCUCAAUCCAUGGGAUGGGAAAAGGCUCGCAAACGAGCCCCAAAGGCCACCACAGAAUCCCGUGCACAGAAGAUCCAACAUGAACCGAACAACCAUGGGCGGGCACCAGACACCACCGAGACCCUCUUGGACACUGCUCCUCAAAAGAAAAAGGCAGGCCGACCACCCGGUGCAACCAACAUUGAUUGCAACAUCUACUCAACAUACCCCUCGUACCACGCCUCGGACAAAGAACUUUUGCGCAAUCGUUGCUGGAUGGCAGCCUCAUUGGAAAGUCUCUACGCACUGUUCAGUCCACUUUGGCUACGUGGUUCCAGCGGGAAAGGAACUUUGAUGUUUACCAUGCUUCCAAUCAAAGGUCUAUGUUUCAGGUGGCCAACAAAAAUUUCCCUGAUAGCUUUAUACCCGGCAAGGUUGUUUGAAUAUGAAGAGGUCCGACGGCUUACCUGCAAACAUCACUGUGAAGCGACCGAAGAUACUCGUCAAACGCUCUACAUUAUCAUGGUCAGUAAGAAUACUUUUGAUGAUAAUCACGUCUCCUACACCGAUGUGCCUUCCCUCUUGAAGCUUUGGGCUGGAGAGGGCCUGCAAGGGUGGUCUGGCCUGCAAUGUAAGUUGUGCGCCGGUGCAGGAAUCUCCACCGCACCGGGAAAAUUUAUUCAAGCAAAUUCAACCAUUGAAGUGGCCGACCCAAAAUCUCAAUCCAAAAAUCCCUGCUCUUUCCCAUUGAAGUCAAAGUCAAAGAUUGUUUCUGUUGACAACAAGGCUCUUCCCCAUCUCUACUUUCAUCUUGAAGUCACCUCGAUCAUGUUGCUUGCCAAGCAACAAGUGUUCAUGGCAGCUGUAGAUUGGCCGUUUGCCAUUUCUAUUCACAACCAACACUACCUGUUAUUUGCACGUGGCUACUGGAACAGUGCACACUUUUGGUGUAAAGUUGUGAGGAACACCCGGAAUAAGGAUGGUGUAUGGUUGCAUAACAACAUGAUUAACGAUGGAUACGCCCGGCUUUUGAGUGAAAAUCCUCGUGAUAUUGGGGGGACUGAGGCCCACACAAGCUGGCUGAUGUAUUCUCGCGCCUGGACCGCUGAAAAGAAAGUUUUUGUUGAGGAAAAGAUCACUCAAAUCAUGGAGGACCAUCCACAAGCAACUGGCCAGGUCCCUUUUGCAAAGAUGUCUGCAUUGCUUAAGACACCUGAAGAACUAAGCCUGCGGCCUUCAUUGAAUGCAGAGAUUCCAAUGGACUCGACAAUGAAUGACAUGGAGAUGGUGGAAGACUUCUUGGCCGAUGAAGCCCUCUCAGAGUCCAACAACAAGGAGUCUGAGCGCGAUGAGAUGGAUUGCUCAGUGACGGUCUCCAAGUCGGAAGCAACAUUGAAACCGCCACCUAAGUUGGGAGAGAUGCCCAAGCUUAAGAUUACACUGCGCAAGGGGAAUCUUAAGACGGCAUUUCUGCAAGACGGUGGUCAGGAAAGCAAGCAAAUGGCUGCUAUGGGCAAGAAGUAG